GUGUAACUCACAUCAGACGACAAAAAGUCCGAGUUAUGCCUCUUCCGCUUUCGUCGACGGCUCCAAUCAAAGUCGCUCUCGCCUCCAAAUGAUGGCAAGCUUCCUCGCGUCGUAUGGUCAGAGACGAAAAGCUCAUGAUUGUGCUGCUUCAAGUGGACUCUUUUGUCUACGCUCUGUCCGUUCAGCAACAAAGUGCGUAUAACUGUCUGGCACAUGCAAUUGGUCCUAAACCAACGGUUCUGGCUUCCUGUUCUACCUCUCGGAUAGCUGUCGGAUCCCGUCAUUCGGGCUACUCGCGUCCAACCCUACGUGCUAACAUCCUCCGUACCCAACAAAUCAUGGCUUCUCGUCAGCAGCAGCCAAAGAAAAGGGAUAGAACCAACGAGAACUGCGAUAAAACGGUCAAAAACAUCAUGUGGCGUUGUGAGCAGAUACGACGACGGUACGGGGCCGACGCAUACGUCCAAGUCCGCUUCAAAAGCAGAUUAUAUGAAUACACGUCUUCCAAUGAGCACAGUUUCCCCAAAUCUCGCGCUGAGUUGAAAACGAUCUACCCGGUUCCGGUGACGAGAUCGCCACUGGACUAUGCGGAAAGAAUAUCUCGAAGCGAC